AUGGCCUACACAGAUGAUGCCGUCCUGGCCAAGCUCUCGGCCCUCAAUGAAAGCCACGAGAGCAUCGCCACGGCGGCACAAUGGAUCAUGUUUCAUAGGCGGAUGGACAACACGCUAACAACGGAAACAGAAGUGACUCAGCAGUCCAAGGCCCGCCACAAGGAGGACUUUGUGCUCGCCUUCUCACCCGUCAUCGCCGAAGCGACCGCCUCAGCCUACAAGGGCGGCUCGUCUGACAUACAGAAUAAGCUCCGGCGCGUCAUCGACGUCUGGAAAGACCGCAACAUCUUUGAGCAGCCGAUCCAAGAAGCGAUCGAGGCGAGGAUUGAAGAGCUGGACAAAGCUAAGGGCGCACCGAAGUCGGCCUUUGGCGGCGGCUCCAUCUUCGGGUCCAGCUCCUCCUCCGCCUUCCCCUCGGAGCUGAGCGCGCUCGUGGCGCCGCAGCAGAACGUCUCCAAGCUGCUCCUGCCGACCAAGGCCGCGGCCAGCUCGGCGGACCAGGACUACGGCAAGCUGUUCGACCCCGCCGCCCCCGUGCCCUCGGCCCCGGUCUACGCGGCCCGGCUCAACGGCCUCCUCAAGGCCCUCGCCAGCGCCGAGGGCGCCGUCGCCGAGUGCGUCAAGGCCCGCAGGACGCUCAUCGGCGCCCUCGAGAAGAUCCUCGACACCAACCGCGCCGCCCUCGAGGAGGACGAGGCCCGCCUCGCCGACCUCGUGUCCCGCAAGGCCACCGUCGACACCAAGAAGCAGGACAUCGAGCUCGCCAUCAUGAGCGGCCUGGCCUCGUCCUCGGCCGGCGCCGGCGCCGGCGGCGACAACGACCCGGCCUCGCACAAGGAAGGGUCCGGCAGCCCGGCCCCGGAGCCCGACCGCCCGGAGGUGGAGGCCCUCACGCCGCCCUCGGCGCACGACAGCCCCGGCGACUUUUACGACAACAUCAUGGGCACCCCGCCCCCCGCGGGCCCCCCCGCAGAUGAGGAUGACGAGCCCGCCGCCGCCGCCGCCGCCGCCGCUUCUUCUUCGAUCGCCAUGGACGGCAUGCUCCCCACCACCACCACCACCAACUCCCGGAGCUCGCUGCCGCCGUACCAGUCCGUGCCGGUAUCGACAAACGGCGCGAAUAAGAGGCGCCGAUUGGACUCGGGCUCGGGCGGCGGCGGCGGCGACGACGACUUCCCCGACCUCGGCGGCGACGACGACGGGAUCGACGAGGACGUGGCGGAGAUGCUGAGGAAGGACAGCAGUGUGGGCUCGUAG